UAACAAUCGCAACUUUCAAACAACCCCUAUACCCUAUAGUUCAUUUGAUUUGACGAAACAAAAAGGAAUAGUGGAGAGGUUGCAAAAUUGGAAAUGGAAACCAAGCAAGGGGCCAAUCCAUCUAUGUGCCGUUUGAGAGAGAGAGAGAGAGAGAGAGAGAGAGAGAGAGGAGGGCCCAUAUGGUAAACCCAUUCUUUUUUCUUUCUGCAUUUCAAAAAAUCUUUCUGUUGGAUUUUGAAAUUUGAUAUGUGAUAAAGUAACCAAACCAUCCUCCCACCAUUUUGAUUUUGUUGACUCCACUCCAUAGAGUCCAUAAACUCCACAGUCCUUCCUUUCCUUCCUCGGCUACAACACCCCCAAAAAUUUCUCCCUUUUUUUGCAUUUCCCUUUAUAUAAUUUGUUCUUCAACCUCUCUUCUUGCUCUCCAUCCAAUUCUCAAUGGCUUAAAAUAUAGACAUUUGAUAUUGCCUCUUGUCUUGGUUUGGUUUGUAUGUUUUCCUCCUAGAAACUACAAAAACCAGCUUAGCCUAGGCCCUAGCUUCACCAACAAGAGAGUUCUUUCUUUCCUCUUCUUGUCUGUAUUCUAGCUAACACAUUCACUCACUACCACCCUUGAUAUCCAGUAUUCCCCCCUCUGUUCACUACCUCUUCUCCCUGCUUGUACUCUUCUUUUAACUCUUUCUGCUCACCACUUUUCCUUCUGAGCAUCUACUGUACCCUUUUUUCCAUUCUCCUUUCUCUCUCUUUCAGGCCCAAACCCUUUUUCUUUGUUCUCUAGCUUCUGGGAGAAGCUCUGUAGUAGUAGUUCAAGGGUUUUUUUUGAGUUUCUGUUUCCGAAAGGAAGGAGAGAAGGAAAGAGGGGAAAAGAAAGCAUUACUGUUUUUUUUUUUUAGGCAAGAAGAGUUAAAAACAGAGGUUUAAGGGGAGAAAGAUGAGUGCUUCCAAGUUCAUUAAAUGUGUUACAGUUGGAGAUGGAGCUGUAGGCAAAACCUGUAUGCUCAUUUGCUAUACCAGCAACAAGUUCCCAACUGAUUAUGUACCUACUGUUUUCGACAACUUCAGUGCCAAUGUGGCGGUGGAUGGAAGUAUUGUCAAUCUGGGUCUUUGGGACACUGCAGGUCAAGAGGACUACAGCAGGCUGAGGCCACUGAGUUACAGAGGUGCUGACAUUUUUGUGCUGGCCUUCUCAUUAAUUAGUAGGGCAAGUUAUGAAAAUGUACUCAAGAAGUGGAUGCCUGAACUUCGCAGGUUCGCACCAAACGUCCCGAUUGUUCUUGUUGGGACAAAACUAGAUCUUCGUGAAGAAAGAGGCUAUCAUGGCGAUCCAAUGAAUUCGAAUAUCAUAACAACUGCUCAGGGUGAGGACCUGAGGAAACAGAUUGGAGCAUCUGCUUACAUUGAAUGUAGCUCCAAGACACAGCAGAAUGUGAAAGCUGUAUUUGAUACUGCAAUCAAGGUUGUUCUUCAACCACCAAGGAGGAAAGAGAUGGCAAGGAAGAGAAGGCAUAGAAGCUCUGGCCGUGCAAUUGCAAGCAUAAUGUGUGGAGGUUGUGUGGCAUAGGGACGCAACCAGAAAUUGCAUAUGGCCAAGCCUUAGAGCUAAUGUUGAAGUCUCGGAGGCCAGCAGCGCACAAUGUUCAUGUUGUAUUCUUCUUCGUCCUUGUGGUUUAUGUGUGGUUUUGUAGCCUCCUUACAAAGGUGAGAGGAGAGCAAAAAAUGGCUUUAGGUGUAUGUGACUGGGAAAUACCAGUGUGAGGGAAUUGUUCAUUCUCUCAAACCACUGCAGUGUUACUUAUCAGUUGUUACUUUGUCUAUGUAGAACUUGAGGAGGGAGGUUCCUUUUGUAUACCCUGCUGUAUUUGUGUAUUAUAUAUGUUGUAAUAGUUUCCUUCUACUACUUUCACCUUGCACUUCCCCAAUUCCGUCUGGUUGGUGAAUGAAAUAUGCAUAAGCUCGCAUAUUAUGACUACUAUGAUUUCGCGCAGUUGGGAAGUGAGGAAAACGAAUGAUCAUGAUGUGUUUACUUCCCACUGCGCAUGCUGCAAAACCGGUUCAUUAACACACUGAACAAUCAGAGGUGUAGAGAUGUUGCUUAUGGAUGCUCUACUCAUUCAACAGGAUACUAAAAAAACUUAACUUCUUUGGAAUGAAGAAUUUCGAACACACGGGUGGAAAAUCGAAUGAACUGCAGCUGCUGGUUUUGGAUAGUGGGGUGAGUUCUGAAUUGAAGCCUCAAAUACAAGGUUGGUGGAAGUGAAAUAAAUAGAAUGGACAAUUCCUGCCUGUGCCUUUUUUCUCUUCCAACUCUUAUCUCUCUAGAGAGCUGACCACUGACCAGCAUCAGCUGAGGGUGACGUUUGUGGCAAUUGUGAGCGACUUGACUCUCGAUGCCAGCCUCCUUCUGCAGUUCUGCAGAUAUGAAUACUGAGACUCAUUAUGGCACCUCAAAAUCGUUGGAUUUUGAGGUGCCAUAAUGCACACCGCGCGGUAUCAAAGUACUGAUCGCGUCCGUAGAUUGCAACUCGCGCAACUCAAAAUCGUUGAAUUUGCACUAGAAUGUACUUACUGUAGUAAACGUCAGGAACAUAACCGGAAUACCCAGAAACUUAUUCGCAGAAUGUGAGGUAAGUUUGCUGAAGUAUGAUUUGCAGUAUGGCCAAGGAGUAAGUAUUAGUCCAUGUCAAAUAUAGGAAGAAGUAAAAUACCCGAUUGUAUUAUAGUAGUAGCGUUCAUCUAGGUAAUGCGUUACAUUCAUUAGGUGGGUAGGAUAGGUAGGUAAGUAGAUACAUUUUCUAGUUCAGGGGCAUGAUAGUUCAGUGGCAUGGACAAACAACUAACCUAACUUUCUUAAUACAACCAUCCCCAUGGAAUCUUUAUCAGGUGUGGUUUGGUUAUAGCCUUCUAGGCGCUGGACAACAUCAAAACGUAUCGUCUGAGGGUUUUUGCGGAGUUAAGAAUCAAGAAAAUAUCGAUGGAGUAAGGACACAACUAUAUGUUGCAUAUGCAUCAUUAGAGAGGAGCUAGAUAAUCGAUAUCAAAGGGGGAAAAUCUACAUCAUCUACGAAAUCAAUCAUUUAUAUAUCAAUAACUCGAGAACUUUAUGAGCUAUUGAGCUCGGAUCGUACAAACUUGUGAGCUGUUUUUGUUAUGGUUAAAUGUUUUAAGUACGUUAUUUACCAUUUGAACUGAAGUAGGGGAGUGUUUUUAAAUUGUUAUUUCAUUCAUUGUGUAACGAAAAUGGCUAAUUUUGCUUCCAAACCCCCUAUGCACGCUUAGGCGACCUAGGCGCUAGACAAGACUACAACGUCCGCCUUAUGCCUAGCGCCUUCUUGAAGCAUGGAUAGUAUCAUAGUAUGAGAUCCUAUCAUCGUGAUUUUAUUGUAAAACUCGUUAAGUUUUAAAAAUUAAGAUUUCAUAGCUACCUUUCUUAACUCCUUUUUUUUUUCUCUUUGUCCAAAGAUCACUUGUACGAGACUUCGUGAGAUCUGAAAGAGAGUUGCAUAUCUGAUAAGAGUAAAAAUCGAAUAUCGAA